AUGGACUACGAGGUGAGCCGAAAAGUGUGGGAUUCGCAGAUCCCGGUGCAAUUCACACUGCAAGCCGGUGGACCGCUUGGAGAUCCACUUCCCUACUAUACGAUGCUACCAAGAUUCACCUAUUUGGCAUUGACACUUCCCAAGGUCCUCUCAAGUUUCAAUCGUCGCGAGAACGGCGAGACUAUUCUCGCCGAAAAAGUGCAUUUAGAAGUGAACGGUGCGCCAGUGAAGAUGUACAUUCCAGUCGGCGUCAUCUACGAUCAGCUGAAUCAGAAGAAUCUAGAAUCCGAAGGAAUUCUGGAGAUCCACGUAAGGACGUCCCAACCGGCCCCGCUCGAUUUUCAAAUGGUUUCUGUUGAUUCGAUGAGGGCAAUGUUCUGUCAAACGGUCAAAGAGGCCGAUUAUUUGAAGACAAAGGCAGAAGUGACGAGUAGUUUGAUGAAGGAGGAUAUGCCACAGUUAUGGCAAAGCGUUGUCAAUAACAACUUCGACGAGUACUGGGGAAUGAUUCAGAAGUUGAUGGAUCCGAAGGACGGGAAGGAUUUUCUGCAUGUCCCUCUAAGAGUCUACGUCAAAAAUCAGCCAUUCAAACAGGCUCUGAUCACUGUCAAACACCCCGAUGGAUCCCUCCGAACCAUUGGCGACGCGGUCUCGGAAAUCCUCCAACUCUCGACGUCUUCUGAAGCAUCGACACCAACUUCUGAAUCCUCUGCCACGUCAUCAUCAGAAGCUUCAUCUCCAGAUGACCGCCGUCUGAUCUCGCACGGAAUCGACGUCCCACGGCACACCCCAUUGAUUUUUGCGGCGAAAAACUUGUCCUACCCGGACAACUUUGUUCACAUUGUUAUCGCCGAGGCGAGAUGA